CCCGGCGGGACGCGGGCGGAGGAGCCGGAAGCGGCGGGAGCGGCGGUGGGUCCGGGCGGCGCGGCCUUUGGCGCCUCAGGCCCCGCUCGGCCCGGCCAGGCUCCCUCUGCCUCACGGGCUGUCGGGCCGCUGCCGAGAUCCCCGCCCGGUGCUAUCGCCUGGUUUCCUCCUGGCUCUGCCAGCUCCGCGGGGCGUCCCCGGUGCCCUCGCCGGCGUCUCUGCUUUGCUUCCCCCCCUCGGCCCGGUCCUUGCACCCCUUGGGCGGGCAGGGGUGAUUGGCAGGGGCUGCUCGUGGUGCGGGGCUGCGGGCGGUGGGGCGCCUGGGGCUGAGGGAGCGUGGUGCGUGUGCCAGGGGUGCGGGGGCCUGCCCGUGAGGGAGAGGCUCCCGGGGUGUCCCGUCCCAGAGCUGGGCUGCGGAUGCUGAAGCUGAAGGACUACAAUCCACAAACGGCAGUAUAUAUUUUCGCUGGCUGCUUGAUUUGGUGUGUCCUUGCUAAAAAAAACCACAACAACUGGCUUCAUCUCUUCAGUAGUAUUUUCCUUUUGAAAUAUCUCUUAAGGUAUUUUGCACUUGCACUUUUGCACUGGCAAGUGAUGAUGGAGCAAUUUAAAACCGUUAGUCAAACUGAUGGUACUGGAAGAUUGACUCUAUGUUAGCAAGUAUUAGUAACUAUGCAGCAUGAGUUCAGAUAGUUUCACAUUGUUUAUUUUAAACAGAGGUUUGAUACUGAACUCAAACUUUGACCUUUACAAGCUGCUUUUUUAGUUUCAGCAUAAAUUCCCUUAGUUACAGUGGCCAUAAAUAGUUUAUUUUGUUUAGAUAUUUGUCCUAAUGCUUCAUUUUCUUGCAGAAUUUUUCUCUUCUGACCACAACAUAAGGGUAGGAAUUAAGUACUUUUCUUUAUUGAAAUAAUUUUACUUUUUCUUCCUUUUUUUUUUUCUUUUUUUGUUUGUUUGUUUUGGAAAGUAUUUUCUGACAGCUAUGAAAUUUCUGUUGGUUUUUGAUUUUGACCAUACAAUCGUAGAUGAAAAUAGUGAUACCUGGAUUGUGAAAUGUGCUCCUGAGAAAAAACUUCCUAAUGGAUUAAGAAACUCCUACCAGCCAGGACACUGGACAGAAUAUAUGAGCAGAGUCUUUGUCUACUUGGGAGACAAUGGUGUCAAAGAAGAUGAGAUGAAAAGAACUAUGACAACAAUUCCUUUCACUGCAGGAAUGGUAGAUCUUCUGAGUUUUGUUGGCAAGAACAAAGAGUUGUUUGACUGCAUAAUUGUUUCAGAUUCUAAUACAGUAUUUAUUGACUGGAUUUUGAAAGCUGCUGACUUCCAUAAGGUGUUUGAUGAAGUGUUCACAAACCCUGCAGCAUUCAGCAGUACAGGCUAUCUUACUGUGCAGAACUUCCAUACUCACCAUUGUGCAAAGUGCCCUAAAAACCUCUGCAAAAGGAAAGUUUUAAAAGAAUUUCUAGAUAAACAGUUGGAGCGAGGAGUAAGUUAUACACAGAUUGUAUAUAUAGGUGAUGGUGGGAAUGACUUAUGUCCAGUAAUGUUUUUGAAGAAGGAUGAUAUUGCUAUGCCCAGGCAGGGAUAUACCCUGGAGAAAAAGAUUUCUCGGAUGUUCCAAGAUCUCAGUCCUGUAGAGUGUUCUGUUCUGGUUUGGUCAUCUGCUACUGACAUUAUGUCUUAUCUGAAAGGGCUUAUUAAGAAAUAAUGCAAAUUAUAAAAAUAAACUAAUAUAUUUUAUCUUCCUGGGAGGGAAGACCCACAUGUGUAUAAAAGCACAAAAUUGUAAAAUUUGCCUGGUUUACGAACUUUUGGUUUUUAAACAUAACAUGAAACUGUUUAUGUUCAAUCUUGGUAAUAGUGGGAAAGUGAAGUUAAAAGAACUGUCUAACAUAGUACACAUUCCAACGUAAGUGGAGAAGGGGGGAUUGAUAGCAAGAGGAACUGCUUCCUCUUUUUCUCUUCUCCCUCUUUUUGAAGCCUUAACUGACUUUUCUGUUCCACAUGCUUAGAGGAAGGAGUAGGAUUACUGCACAAAAGAAUGAAACUCUUUAGUUAGAAAACAUGGUUCUGGAAUGUGAUCUGUCAUGGCUUUUAUAUCUCUUUGAUCAGGAUAAAUACAAUUUCUGUAAAUUAUUUGUUAUGCUUGCGCUGUUGUUUGAUCUGAAGAUGCAUUUAUAUUUUCAAUAUACUUAAUAUUUUACCAAACAAAAUAACUUUUUAACAGUUUGUAUUAUCGUGUAUUAUAAAGACAAUAAAUGUCCCUGUCAUUGACAAAAGCA